UCUCUCCGACAAACACUUCAACCUCUCUCUCUCUCUCUCUCUCUCUCUCUCUCCCUCUCUCUGUGUUAACCCAAACCCUUUAAGAACAAAGCAACAAGUUAGCUCGCUGCUGCAGCCGCUAACAUAUAUGGAGACUAUAGCCAAGGUUUCAACGGACGCAAACUGGUGGCUGUUCACGCUGCCGGCGAUUUUUGGCUCCGAAACUAUUCUAGAUGGUUACAUGAUUUUCUCGCUCUUCAUGGCCUUCGUAUCGCUUUCUUUCGUCACCUGGGCCUUUGCCGCAGGCGGCAUCGCCUGGAAAAACGGACGAAACAGACGAGGUCCAACGCCCAUCCCUGGGCCUCGAGGCCUUCCCGUCUUCGGAAGCCUCCUUACCCUCAGCCGCGGCUUGGCUCACCGCUCCCUAGCUUCCAUGGCCUGGAGCCGCGUCGCCACCCAGCUCAUGGCUUUCAGCCUCGGCUCCACCCCCGUCGUCAUCGCUUCCAGCCCCCACAUCGCCCGCGAGAUCCUGACCUCCCCCUACUUCGCCGACCGUCCGAUCAAACAGUCCGCGAAGAGCCUCAUGUUCAGCCGGGCCAUUGGGUUCGCCCCCAACGGCUCCUACUGGCGGCUUCUCAGGCGGAUCGCGUCGUCUCACCUGUUCUCUCCCCGACGCAUCGCAGCCCACGAGACAGGGCGCCAGCUGGACUGCGCCGUCAUGCUGCGUAACAUUGCGAGCGAACAGUCCGCCUGCGGCCGCGUCUCUUUACGAAGCCAUUUACAAGCCGCGGCUCUGAACAACAUCAUGGGCAGCGUUUUUGGUAAACGUUACGACCCGGCGCGCGAUGUUGCGGAGCUCCGAGAGCUCAGAGAGAUGGUUCGGGAAGGCUUCGAGCUCUUGGGUGCUUUCAACUGGUCCGAUUUUCUUCCAUGGCUCAAAUAUCUCUACGACCCGUGUCGUAUAGUCGCCCGCUGCAACGCCCUCGUGCCCCGAGUCAGAAAACUCGUCCGAAGCAUCAUUGAAGAUCACAAACUCAGGGGUUCAUCGGAGGUCCCCGAUGAGGCCGAUUUCGUCGACGUUUUGCUUUCUCUUGAAGGCGACGAGAAGCUGCAUGAAGAUGAUAUGAUCGCCGUCUUGUGGGAAAUGAUUUUCAGGGGUACCGACACGACAGCUUUGUUGACGGAGUGGGUCCUGGCCGAGUUGGUGCUGAACCAGGGCGUCCAGGCGAGGCUGCGGGAGGAGGUGGAAUCUGGUGCGGGCGAGAGCAGCUUAACCGACGCCGACGUGGCCAGGAUGCCGUACCUCCAGGCGGUGGUGAAGGAAACGCUGAGGGUGCACCCACCGGGCCCACUGCUCUCGUGGGCGAGGCUUUCCACGUCGGACGUCCAGCUCAGCAACGGCAUGCUCAUACCGGCCAACACGACAGCCAUGGUCAACAUGUGGGCCAUCACCCACGACCCGCUCGUGUGGGACGACCCGCACGUGUUCCGCCCGGAAAGGUUCCUUGGCGGCGGUGGAAAGGACGUGGACGUUCGCGGCGGCGAUCUGAGGCUGGCGCCGUUCGGGGCGGGGCGGAGGGUCUGCCCGGGGAAGAACCUGGGGCUGGCGACGGUGACGCUGUGGGUGGCGAAGCUGGUGCGGAACUUCGAGUGGGUCCCAGAUGCGGCGGCGCCGGUUGACCUGGAUGAGGUUUUGAAGCUGUCGUGUGAAAUGAAGCACCCACUCUCAGCUGUGGCUGUCCCGAUUGGCUAGCUAGGAAAUAGGAAUGUCAACCAGAAGCAGCAGUUGGGAGGGUGGUCUCGUUUAGUGGGUUAUUUUUUGUUUUUGGGGUGGUUUGACUAAACGCUAUUGUGGCUUUGUUUUGUUUUUUGACCAAUGUGUGGGCCUCUUACGUACUGCAUGGAGAGGCUGUAUUUUGGAAGGGUUUCUGCCGCGUGGGUUGUAUUUUGUAUAUAUGUAGUAGGCUUAAUUAGCUACGUCCUAGUUUUUGUUGCUUGUAUUAUUAUUAUUAUUAUUAUUUACU